UACAUUGUGUUAAUGUUCAGAUCUGAGAUUGUAUCUUUAUUGAGGGCUCGUGGUUGAUGAAGGAUAGGGUGGCUAAGUUUUCUGGAGCGCAUUCUUUCUUCAAAUGGCUUGCUUGGCUAAAUCGUCUAAAUAUGAAUCAAUUAAGUACGAAUGCAGUUAAGGCCUCUUGUUGUUGUUGGGAUUUUCACCUUGAAUCUAUCAAUCAUUUUCUCCGAGGGUGUUCCAUGGAAAACGAAAUUUGGACUUUGCUUCAAAUUGAAUCUCAACCGCCUGACUUUUUCAAUUCAUAUUUUGAAACAUGGCUUAUGGAAAACUUGAAGUAAACUAUUAUCUUGAAUUUUCAAAUUCCAUGGGGGGAGGUUAUUUUUUCUUCCUUGGAAAUGUCACAAAAAACGUGUUUUUCAGGGCCAAUUGAUGUCGACGACACAUGCUCUAGCUCAUGCAAAAAGAUUUCCUCUGGAUAUUUGCAAAGCUGUGAAUACAGCAGUGGCUAGUAUUGCAAGGGGUCCUAGAAUCGUUGGAUGGAAGAAACCUCUGAUGGUGAGCGACGACCAACGACUGGCAUGGCCUCUGCAGGUGGUGUUCUGCGAAAUGAAAGGGUGAGUGGAUCUAAGGAGGGUUGUUCUAUUUCAGUUAUUUUUUGGUUUUAAUUUGAUAAAAAAACAAGGAAAAGUUUUAAAUUUUAAUUCAAGGUAAAUUCAUUUGCCACCUCAGCUUUUUAUUGUUGUUGCUGUUCAUCGGGGAGAAGGCCAGAACUCAGCUUUACUGGGGGUUCCUUCUUUUGGGUCUUUACAUCACAUUGCAUAUGGGCUGGUAGGAAUUUGAAAAUUUUAGUUACAAUUUGAGCCUUUGUGUGCGAGUUAACCUAGCUUGGAUCAUGGGCCUUACUCGUUUCAGCAUGGAAUCACCAAUGUACUACCGUCUUUAACAACGUUUACAGUUAGCAUAGCAAAGUUGUAAUUGCCCUUGAAAUAUCAAAAACAAAAAAGUUUGGCCUAUUGUCAUGGAAGGCCACAACCAGCCAAAUUGCAUGGUGUUUGUAAUUUUCCUGGAGGAAUGAUAUAGUUUAGCAUAAUAAGAAAGUCUUACCACACUAAAUGAAUGGAAGCAAAAUGAAUAAAUAAACCCAAUUGAGAAACCUCAAGAGCCCCCAUUCGCUCAUUCUCUUGGCCAUGCAUGAUUUCAUUUUCUUUUUGCCUCCGCUGAAUUUUCAAUCCAACAAAGAAAGCAGAAAGUUUAUGAAUGAACCCCAGUAUAAAUUGAAACUAUACAAAACAUGUUCAUAUACCAAAAUCCCAUCUAUUUUACUUCAUAUUACCUAAAUUUAAUAAUUAAGAAAAUAAAGAUUGAGAUAUAGGAAUGAGAAAGGUGGAGAUUGCAAUAAUAUGUCUCUUUUCAUUGGUUUUCGUAGCCAUGCCUGUUAAACUGCCACAAAGGCCACAGCUGAUGGCACCACCCCGUCCACUUUGUGCUUCACAAUUUUCCCUGGUCAACUAUGCGUGUGCGGCGCUGCCAUUAACCCCCUUCUCACCACCACCUCCUCGCAAUCGCAACCAUAGCCGCAGCCGCAGCCGCAGCCGCAGCCGCAGUAACAGCCGCCGUCGCAGUCGCAAGCAUAGGCGCAGGCACGGGCACCGUGAGACGGAAAUGCAAAGCUACUGUUGUCAAUGGCUGAAGCAGGUGGACACUGAGUGUGCGUGCGACGUUCUGGUUCACUUGCCCACCUUCCUUUCUAGGCCUAAUCAUCAGUACACCGUUGUCGUUGAUGAUACUUGCACCGUUAAUUAUUCAUGUGGGGGGCGAAUAGAACCAUGAUUCCACAACCUCCUUUUCUUCUGAUUUUGCUUGAAUCUAUGUAAUUGAAAUCAUGUCCAUCUUUAUUAUUAAAAAAAAAAAACUUGUCUAUUUGCUUUUUGCAAUAUCGAAUUUGAUGCCCAAACAGCAGAUGUUAAUAAGAAAUUUUAGUUUUAGAA